AGCACGCUGAACUUCUGACAGCUGUUUCACUUUCACUGCACCGUGGACGGAUUUUCCGCCACGCCAGACAGCACGCGUCGACAUUCAGCGAGUUAUAUUAAAUUGACUGCUCGUUUCUACUUCACUUCUAUAAACGUCUUCAAAAUAACAGUUUUUUACUUACCAUUUCGAUAUACCCAACCAGCCAACUCACACUUCCGGUGUAGGAUGGAAAUUACGUCACCGGUACGGCAGCCUGGAAGCGCGAACCGUUGAAAAGCCGGAUGAGAGAGAAAUUAAAUCUCGAGAAGUGUGUUUUGGUUUGAAUUAAAACUCAUUUAACACACAGCAUCCGCGAUGAGCUGUUGCAGCACUAGCGUGCGUCAGAUCUCCAUUGCCUCUGAGCCUCAUCGCACAUUUUUUCUCAAGCUAGAGUGGGCUGAGGAUCUUGGUUCUGGCUUUGUUAUCCUUCUGUCUGAUGGCAUCUCUGCAUGGAGUGGUGAAGUUUCAGAGGAGGAUGUGUCCCGUGAAGCCCAGGAGAUGGAGAUGGAGCGGGAGAGGUAUGUUGGUGACCUGCACCUGGCUCUGACCGGAGAGGGACCGGCAGCGGAGGGGGAAUACAGCUUCCACCUGACACCUGAGAGACCCGGCCGCCCCCUGCUGCAGCUGUCUUAUGAGAAGGUGCAGAACGACAUCUCGUUCAGGCUCGGUGUGGUGGAUCUGCAGGCAGUGCCUGAGCCCACUGAAGUCAUAAGGGAGCUCAUUAGGCAUGGCCUGGAGCAGAGUACACGUCUACAGGCCAAAAACCAGCACCUACUGGAGGAGAACCAGAAGCUGAGGAGAGAACAGGAACAUAUCACCAAAGAGAUGCAAAGGUACGUCCAGGGGAAGGAGAGGUUGGAGAGAGACUUGUACAGCCGUUUUGUGCUGGUCCUAAACGAGAAGAAAGUCAAACUCCGAGACCUGCAGAAAAGAGUCAAAGAGCUGGAGGAAUCUGUUGAAGAGAAUCGACUGAGGAACAAGGCAGAUAGUGAAGACCACAAGGCGAUGGAGACUGCAAUGCCAGAAAGCAACCCGAUGGAUGACAGCUUAAAUGACAUCACAGAUGUGGCACCCUGCCGAAAACGCCACCACCGUCAUCUCCAACAGCUGGAGACGCAAGCCAGACGAGCAGCGCUGGACCAGCGACAGAGAUCCAGAGAGAAGCCGACAGAAGAUGCCAAAGCCGAGAUGAGCAAAACGUCAGACGUCCAACCGAAACCAGCAAGCGCUGCUGCAAACCUUGAUCCUGACGACCUGUUCGAUGAUAUAUGACCCUCUUUAGGGCCUAAUGAGCACUGUUUGUGAGAAGCAUGACUUUUGUACUGUUUUUAAACUGUAGGAGUAAUACAAUUAUAUAUUUAUAUAUUUUAAAGUAUUUUAUAAUAAAUAUGAAUUGGCUCUAUAAUAAACAACAAAAGUUUAAGAAAAGAACACUACUUAACUUACUACUUACCAAAAUUAUGAAUUUGUCAAUUUUUAACUUUAAUAAAUCUAAAAAAUGUGAAUAAAGAUGUUUUUCUCGUU